AUCUAUUAUUAUUAACCUUCCUGCAUAUACCCUUAGGCGCGUCUUUGGUUACUCUUUAUUCUUACAUUUAACAAUCUUGCUGCCUUCCAGCGCCUCCCUCCCUUGUCUGUCCCUGCGUCCGUUUGGGCCGGUGGGUAUUCUAUGUCAUCUUGAGCGCAAUGGAUGACGAUUGAUGGGCCUGAAGGUUGAUCUACCACUUUUGAUAACCGCUCCCCGCUCUGUCUUCUACAAUUUAACUCGCUCUACGCCUUCGCCAUGGAUUCCGAGGAGGUUCCUCCUCCUCCGCCAUACUCCGCGGUCGACCCAAUGAUCGCCCAAGCGAGCAAUAGAAACGCCGCGGCAUCUGCAGAAGUUAAUCGGACCUUGCUCCGCCUGAGGGGAGGUGAUGCAGCAUCGUAUGACCCACCUACCAGUCCUGCGACGAGUCUCGCAGGAAGUGAGAGUACAGCCACCUCCGCUUCGCUACCCGCCCAUUUCACCUCUGCAGCGGCUUAUUUCGCCGAGAGAGUCGCUCCAACGCAGAACCCCGAGCGACCGAUCGCAGAACAUUGCCUCACUAUCUAUCCACGGAGUCAGUCUAAAGACUUUCCCCGUCGCCCGCGGUGCUGGAAUACGCGGACGGAGGACAUCACCCAGCAGGACUGGGACAUGUUUCUACGGUGUCUUUUCCCCCCACAUCUAGGACUUGCGUCGUCGUCUUCCGAACUACCCCGCCAACUCAGAGCCGAAAUCCAGCGCGAUCGCAAGGAUCGACCUCAGGAGAGCGAUGCGGAUCGCAAGCGGCGUAUUUCCGCGGUGAUCAUGGAAUGGAAUCAAUACUUCUUCGAGUCGCGGUCGGCCCGGGUGAUGUAUAAUUACGUGAUGGAUCCUCAACGGACGCCCCGAUCGUCCCUGUGCCCGAAGUGUUAUCCCGCUGCAACAAGCCGCACUGGACAGGCUGCCUCGAAUGCCGGUCGAACUCGUCGGCAGGAACCGAAUGCGCCACCAGCGACCCCAGGCCAGGUUGCCGCCGCUCCACCAAAUGCUACACCUAGUCCCGGACCCUAUGGUUUCCCACCCUACCCGUCUCCUCCAGUUCCUGGACCCUAUGCCGCCCCAUAUGGUCCUCCUGCUUUCUAUAACCCUGCCGGCGUCCCUCCCGUCCAACCUCCUGUGUAUCCUUACGCCGCUCCGCCUCCGCCUCCACCGGGACAGUAUCCACUACCAAAUACGUGGGGUUGGAAUGCACCCCCAUAUGGUUAUCCUGGUCAAAUCCAGGGCCAAUCCAAAGGCGGACCCCUGGGGUGGAUAGCAUCACUGGCUUCCCAGGCCCAGAGAUACGGUGAACGCAUUACUGAACAAGCCGCACAAUAUGGGGACCACAUCAGCGCACAAGCCCAGCACUACGGUCGACAAGUUGAAGAACAGGCCCUUGCUCAUAGCCGCUGGUUGGAGGAGCAAGCUGGUCUCUCAGGACGGAAAAUGGGCGACGCGUUCACCGGGUUCUCCGGUCGCCCGCAGAACGAGUGGGGUGCGAGCGAGCCCCCGAAGAUCGGAUACUACAACGCACCCUAUACGCAACCCACCGCUGCUCCGACAGAGACGACAACAGGCAUCAUCACAAAUCAGCAGCCGGUCUCAACACCAUCGGAACGCACGCGGCGGGCAUCCGUGAGCUCAGAAGCUUCGGACACGUCUUUUUCAUCGAUCGAUACCUUCUCAACCACAUCCGAACUCAGCGCGUCCGAUCUGGCUACCGUCCGCGCCCAGCUGUUGUCGCUGGAUGACUACCAUGACCGGGCUCUGUACGAGCAAGCCGUGGGCCUCCGCCGGCAACUCGAUCUUCUGCAAGAAUCACGACGGCAGAACCGCGUUUCGGGCCGAAGCAACUGGCGCCACGGCUGGGGCCGAUGGGAAUCGCCACAACAGCAGCAGCGGAAACAGGCCGAGAAGCGCGCGGUGAAGGAGGAAACGCGGGCGACGCGCAAGGCCUUCCGGGAUGUCGUACGGCGGGCCCGUGAGGAACAGCGAGAGCAACGACGGCUGAAGCGCAACCGUCGCCGCCAGGAGCAACGCGCGCGACAGACGUCCGAACCUGCUUCGGAUGCGGCGUUGGAGCAGCGCCUUCAGACUCUCGAGUUGGAGAAUAGCGUCGAGGCUCCGUCGACGGUCCAGUCAUCUGCAUCGCUUUCGUCUCCGGUACGGUCUGCGGCCGAGACGGAGGCCAGUGAGAUCAGCUCGGCCCGUGCACCGAGUACGGAGUCCUCGUGUGAUGCUGAGAAAAAAGAAGCCAAGGUGAUACCCAAAGAGAAGUCCGAGGGCAGUGACAAUAAACCUGCUUCGUCGGAUAAGGGGACUGAGAAGUCAGCCGAUGAAAAGAAUGCAGAUGAUGGGAAACGAGGUCCGUCGGGACGCAAAUAGGAGGAGCAUAAAACGAGGGCCAGCAUAACUUAGUCAGGUUAGCGUCGUGUCGAAUUAGCAAGCGGGAUGGGAUAUGCAUAGCAAGGUGUCGUCGGUCUGUCUGUUUGUCUGUCUGUCUAUUUGUGUAUAGGUUGCAAGUCGGGAGGCAUUCUUAUGUGGAGUUGUGUUGUGUUGUACAUACAAGCAUUUUGGCCGUAACCGCACUGGAGUAACCACCUUCCAACCUUC